AUGACUGCUCCGAGAGAAAAUUUAAAACUUCUCGGCCAUUCACCCUUCAUGUAUCUCAAUCGAACCAUGGAUAGUAUUUUAAAUUUGGAAACAUUAUUCUUUCAACCAUGUAUGACCUUGUUGAAUGUGAAAGGAGUUAAAUUUAGAAAAGAAUUGGAGCAAUUAGCUUUUUAUUUUGAAACCAAGAUCAAUGGAAAGAAGAAAUUGUCCACAAAUGAAAAUUUUCACCAACGAAUUACAAUUAUUGAUCUCAACGAACAGUCUCAACACAAUCUUUUAUUUACCAGUGUGUUGCUACCUUUGAAAAAGAAACAACAUUUAAAUGAUUUUUAUUCCAUUUUUAACCAAAUCAAAUUGGAUUAUCUCGAUCAAAUGGUCAUGAUUAUGGAAGAUGAUUUUAUCAUGUGUCCUGGAGCAUCACAACAUUUGCUUUAUAUCAUUCAUGAAAUGGAAAAACGAAAAUGGAGUGGAGUGAGAGUUUCAUUUGGGUUAAAUGGUGUCAUGUUAAAUGGUAAUGAUCUUUACGCCAUGGUGGAAUUCUUAAAACAGCAUAGUGGACGAGCAACUCCAGUGGAUUGGUUAUUGGAAGAAUUUUGGAAUCAAUAUGAUAGUAUGGGAAUGAAUUAUUUUGGAAAGACUCGUAAAUUUUACACGUAUCGAUUACAAUUAAUGGAACAUAUUGGAUUCGUAUCAUCAGUGGGUAAUUUACGUCAAAUCAAUCAAAAUGAUUUGGAUUUUCCACAUUGUUAUGAAGCACAAAUUGCUGCAAAAUUAAUGUUUCAUUUCAAUAUGGAUCAAUGCUCACAUUCAAUGUUUUCUCCAUGUGAUAAUGAUGAAAAUGUUUUCAAUUCAGAAGAGCAUGGACGGAGCUUCAAGAGACAAUUUGCCCAUGAUCAAUUUAACGAAACUCUUGGGUUCUCUCCUUCUUCCAUGUUCUCUCUGGCCCAUUUCAAAACAUCCGUUAAAGCGAUAUUGUGUCAAGAAGAUGAAUCAUGCGAUCAUUGCUGCCUUCGUAAUGGAAAGAAAUGUGACAGUGAAUACUUUCCAUAUAUUAAUCACUGUUCAGAAUUGAGGAAAUACAAACCAAAUUGUGAUUGUCAGAGAGAGAAGUAUUUGAUCUCACGUGCUCCUUACAUGGUCAGAAACACUUGUUUUAUUGGCACCAGACGGAGUCGAUUUGAUUGCACCACAAGCAAAGCCAUGAGCUCAAGAUUAUGUCCUUGCGCUUAA